AUGUCUCGAACUCCAGUUUCCUCCAAGAAGGCUCCGGCCACGCCGGCCAGCCUCAUGAACCAGGCCAUUAUUGCUAAUGGCUUUGUCUUCACUUCGGGCGCUCUCGCCAUGGAUCCUCAGACCGGCAAGAUCAUUGACGGCGAUAUUGAGGCUCACACACACCAAAUCAUCCGCAACCUCGGCGCUAUUCUGGAGGAGGCCGGCUCCAGCAUCAACGAUGUUGUCGAGGUCAACAUUUUCCUGUCGGACCUCAAGUACUACGCCAAGAUGAACGAGGUGUACCAGAACUACUGGGGCGAGAUUAAGCCUGCCCGGACAUGCGUUGCCGUCAAGACUCUUCCUCUCAACGCAGACAUUGAGAUCAAGUGUGUCGGAGUUGUCACCAAGCCCAAGUCGAAGCUGUAG